AUGGCAGACGCCGGCCCAAGGAUUCCCGCCUGGAAAAGACUGGGACUGGCCCUGAAGAACGAAACACAAGCCGGAGUCACCGCACCUGAGCCCAUUGCAUCGCAGAUCGAUGCGCAACACCAGCCACUCUAUGACAGCCGGACUGGCAGUCAAGACGAUGGCGCCUCACCCAUCGUUGCGGCUGUAAACGGCAAACCCUUAAAUCUUGGCAAGCGGAAACACCAACACGACGCAGCUGAGGAAGAUCGCCUGGCCGCGAAGAGGGGCAAGAUUUCUGCGACUGAGACUAACUCCAACGAGACCAUCGCAAUUGAUUCAUCAGCACCACCAGCAAUAGAGGUCGCCGAGGUACAGACCACCAUUGCUGAUGCUGGACCACCAGAGACCUCUCGACCAAAGAGUGGUGACUCCAACUAUCGCAAAAAGAAGGAAAAGCCAAAGAAGGGCAAGAAGCGGAACCAGGAGGAAAACUCAGUGAAACCCGCGCCAGCGCCAGCCAAAGCGAAUCACGACAACCAGUUUCUCUCACCUGAUUCGAUUGCGCCUCAAAAGACGCAGCAGACUUUGAUUGCAUCCACUGAAGUUGACGAGCAAGCCUUAGCGCCUGCUCAACCAACACACAGGCAUCGUGACGCUAGCAAGAGCAGUGUAAAGGACACUUCAGGGUCCCCCUCGGCCAUUGAUCGAAGAAAGUCCGUCACCUUUACUCCAGAUACCAAAACGUCGGACGGCAGCAGUGGCCAGGAUCUCUUCAAGAAUUGGGUGUCAGAGCAGAACGGCGUCUACCUCAACUUCGACUACGUUGAUCCAGGUAGCCCGGAGCCGCCAGCAAUUCCCGAGGCGCCUCAGGAACUACCCGCGACGAAAGAGAAGCAGCACGAGGAGACUCAAAGCAAAGUACCAGCCGCGGAAGCUUCCAAGCCCGAUAGCCACACAGUCACGACCCCGGCCGCAAAACCAGCGGCAUCGGCGUCAGCUACAGCACCCGCAGUCCCGACGAAGGGCAAGAAAAAAGACCCGUCAGUCUACACAUCCUACCUUGACCAAUACUACAAGGACCGACAGAACUGGAAAUUCAACAAGGCCCGGCAGAACGACGUCGUGGACAAUGCGCUAAACAUAUUUCGGAUCCCAGAGAAACACUCGGACGCGUUGUUGGAGUACGUUCAAGGAUUGAAAGGAGCGGGGGUCAUUGAGCGCUUGAAAGGGAAGUGUAAAUCAACAUUAAAAGAGUUGGAUGAGGAGGAAGUCAAGGGCAAGGCGAAAGACAUGUCGGCGGACGAUCCGGCACGGAAAGCAGCGUAUGAGGAGGCCCUGAAGACAAGGAUCUCCAAGGAAGAGAAGCGACGCAAAGUGGAGGGUGACAUAGUAGACUUGGUCGGUCAUCCUCACGGCGACGGAUAUCUCCGCCGAAUGCGUCGAGACCGCGCUGAAGCACUCUUGGUCGCGUUGGGUCGCACUGCACCAAUCCUCCCAGCCGCGCCUGCGAACGGCAUCAACCCUAUGCUCAAGAACAUUGCGCCGGUCCGCGACUCGAAGAAGCGCAAACGGCGCGGCGAUAUCUCAAGUGACGAGAGCAGCUCUGAUAGCAGCAGUAGUGAGGAGAGCUCAGAUUCUGAUUCGGACAACGACAGUGACGACUCUGGAAGCAAGGAGAGCUCAAGCUCGGACUCAGAUAGCGACGCGGAUGACAAGGCUGCGAGUAGCGGCUCAGACGACAGCAGCAGCGACGACGACAUGGAGACAUGCUUGUAUGUACAAUACCCAAUUCAGGAUAGCGCCUUCGGGUUCCCCGCCUCGACUCGCCUUAUGAGUGUGUUCUCCACAUCUGCAUCUCACAUCACACUUUCAUCUUACAUAUCUGGCAUCGGUGUAUGCUCAUCGCUCGCCAUGCCGCUCUCGUCGCUUCCAACCGAGCUGAUUGAAUGCAUUGCUCGUUAUCUUGACCUGAGCUCUUUUUGCUCGCUCCGAUUGACAACAUCAUUGCUGAAGCAACAAACGCUGCACAUGUUUCGCGAUCGCUUCUUCCGCAGACAGUCGGUGUCAUGGACCAAAUAUGACCUUGAUCGACUCGUCGAGAUGUCUAAUCAUGCAGACUUUGGGUCUUCGCUGCAGCACCUCAGUGUCGACGCCACACCACGGCACUCAAUGUCGUUGUGGCAAUUGCGCAAGCGGAUCUCCGAAGCCGACGCUAUUAUAAGCGAGUCGGAUGGUCUCUUCUUCAAGAGCGAACUUCAAGAGAAAUAUGUGGAAGAAGAGAAAGACGCUAAAGAGCUCGCUACCUUUUUCAACGAGACGCGCUAUGAUCACAAAUGCCUACGGGCCGUGUUCGGUAGGGUCCAAGAACUCGAGAGCAUUGUUUUCGAGUACAGAGGCAUGGAGAGAAAGUACGGCAAAUUCGGACGCAGAUAUUGCGAAAGCAGCCAGCAUGAGAUGAGCCGGCCAUUCGUGAGCACCAUGACUGCUGUUGCUGCGUCUGGUGUACAUGUCAAGAUGAUCGCCGUGCAUCCAGUCCACUACCACGGCGCUGUCAGUAUCGGUAGACUAGAGUGUCUCGCACCAUCCCUAAAAAGCUUCGAUGCAGCUUUUGAGAAUCUCGAGACAUUAGAGCUGAAUCUAAGGGACUGGCGAUAUCCCGACGAGGGCUUCGAGCUUGAGAAUGACAGGGCGCCAUUCGUUGUGCGAUUCCUCGCGAAGGCGCGCAACGUGAAAUUUCUCACAAUAGGCUGCUACAGUAGCCUACAAGAUGAUCUUAUCGGCGGAAUGGCACGCCACUGUACUUUCGACAAGCUCGAAUCUUGCAAGCUGUCGCACUUCAGCCUGCACAAUGCCUCAGAUCUUGCUGAGUUACUCGCACCGUCUUUCGCCAACCUAGGAACUCUUUCACUAAGCCAUAUGAGGUUGAUGGAUGAAGCUGCUAGCUGGGCGGAUUUAAUCCGGAACCUCGCAUCCUCUGGGGACACGUUUCAGGCUUUGCAGAGGGUGCAUUUGGAAAAGCUUUUCACGAAAUCAGGAUCAAGACUGAGUUUAAACGGCGGUAUGGGCCAAGAAAGGCUAUCUCUGGUCUCCAAAGAUGAUGGGUUGACAUGGAGAGACGAUGCAUUCAGAGCAACCGAGCUGUUUAACGAGGGUACUUGGGGACCAGCAUAUCAACUUGGUGCUGUGGCGUACCCUUUUAUCGACAUGCGGACAUGA